GCGAUAUCUUAUGUAACCUCGACUCUGAUUACUUUGUUGAUUCCUGUAUUUCCUGCUUCCACGAUUGCACGCCACCGUCUUCUAAAAACUUGAAACACAGUCCAACCUAUCGAGAAGAGAUGGACGUUCUGACUGUAUUGCCGUCCAGCUUUGGAUAUGUCAUAUUUACCUCUACACCUGCCUGGCUAAUGUAUUGUAUGUUUGAUCUUCGCUUUACCUUACAGUACCCCACUAUGUACAGUGACAAGGAGCAGGUAUUCAACUGUAUCCAGAGAGCACAUCAGAACACCCUAGAGGUGUAUCCUCAGUGGCUUGUUUUCCAGACCAUUGCAGCUCUUGUGUACCCGUUAUCAGCUUCUGUGCUGGGGGCUAUUUGGGUGACCAGCAGGUUUUCCUACGCCUGGGGCUAUUACACAGGAGAUCCAGCCAAGAGGAUGAAUGGUGCCUAUGGCUACAUUGGAUACUUUGGUGUCAUCUUUCUGUCCAUAUCUGUAGCCUUGCAAUUGCUUGGAGUCUUUUAAGACAAUUGUCAUCUUGUUUACUCAUUUAAACAGGCUUACAUGUCAUUUUCCGAUGUGUCAACUAAAGUACCUGUACUAUUCUUGAAAUGCUAAUUUCAAAUUCAACAUAUUUGUAUGGACCACUAACUUGAUAUCUCAUUAUUCAAAUGUUUGUUGUGAAUGCCUACACCAUGAUGUGAUCGACAAUAAAGUAGAUGCUGAUUGAUGCUACAGCCCCAGAUA